AGCUCCCAUCUCUAGCCAGACUCAGCUGUUUGACCAAUUUUGUUAUGAAAUUUUCUCAAGUUUCGCUCUGAAAAUGCUGCGUUUACUGACAAAAACAAGACUUGUGAGGCAAUUGGUGCCAGCCACAGGCUCUACUUCGAUUUCCCCCCGCUUCUAUGCACAGACUGCGGGAACAGGCAGCCAAAAACCAGCAGAGGAGCCCAUUAGCAAUGAGCCCAUCAAGUUCUUUGGCAGCCAGGCGGCCACUUGGCGUGCCAAGGAUACGCGGAGCGGUGGUAGCGAUGAGUCCCUGUGGUAUCAGCCCUACGUGAUCUCCGCCAGCUUGGGCGUCUUCCUCCUGUACUUCUGCUGGCUGCGCGAGGAGAGCGACAUCGAUCAGCGGCUGGAGGGCGAUCUGUAUGAGCAUGUCAGCGGCCUGGAGGAGGUGCAGCUAACGGUUAACUACAAGUAUAACAAGGAGCAUGGAUUGGACACCAAAGAGCAAGAGAAGAGGCUCGCCGAACUGGGCGUUGAUCUGGGCCAGUUGAACGCCAAACUGGCAGCCCAGUAGUCAUAGAUUUGGUUUAAUGUACUUUUUGUUUGGUUAAGUGAUUAAAAUGGAAUGAUUUUAGCUACUAAA